UCUGUGAGUCCUUAGAUUGAGUUAGUAGGUCUGUCAGUCAGGGGUUAGAGUCAACGUGGUGAGGUUUGGAACCGCCACUUGGUUGUGCACCUAUCACCAUGGUUGAGACCCGCGGUGGGACGAGUACUAGCCCCUACACCCAGGAGCAGCAAGAGAAGAUGGCCGCCAUAGUGAAAGAAAAUAGAGAGAGGAAGGAGCUCCUGAAGCAAGCGAAGUUGAAGGCUAUCGCAGAGGAGCAGGUGGCAAAGAUGAAGGAGUUGGAGGAGGAGAUGGAGAAGAAGAAGGCUGUUGAAGAAGAAGCGGCAGCAGAAGCAGAAGAGGAGAGAAAACGAAAGGGAAAAGAAGCAGAGAGCAGUGGUGCGAUGAAAGAAAAAGCAGAGAUGGAGAAAAAAAUAAAGUUCUAUGUCCCAAAGGACGAGAGGGAUGCACUGGCCAGCGAGCUAGCAGCGAUGGAAGACCCUUUGGAACGAAGGGAAAGAGAAGAGGAGAAGAAAUUGGAAUGGAAGCUGAGGAUGAAGAGAGAGAAGAAGAAGAGGAGGGAGGAAGUUAAUAGGUUGACCGCGGAAGUGGCGAAAGUGCAGGAUUGUAUGCGAGAAGUGGGAGCACAGACAGAUAUUUCUGCCAAGAUGGAUAAGAUGUUGGGUUACCUGGAAGUGUUGAGUGCAGCCUGGACGGAGGAGCGCCAGGCCAGUUGGAGUCAGGAGGUAGCCCUGGGUGUCAUGCGGUCGAGAUUUAGGGAUUUUGCGCGCGAUAUGGUUACCCAUGUUGAAGGGGAAGUUGGGAGAUUGAGAGAUAGCGUGGGGAAGUUCUGUGAAGGCGCCAUUGAGGGUGCCAAAGCCAUAGCCGCUGUAGAGGGAGGGGCCAGACCCCGUAAGGAUCCAGUUAAACUUAAGUUUCCAGAUGCAUACGGGGGGAAGAAGGAAGAAAACUUUGACAACUGGGAAGCCAGUGUCAAUAGUUAUAUUUAACAUCCUAACAGAGGAGCAGAUCCUCGUGGCCUUCUAGGCCCUCAAGGAUGAAGCGGCAAGUUUCGCUAGGUCCCUCGCGUGCGCAGCCGAUUGUGA